GUAGGCUUGGCAUCCCAUCCCAAACUCAUACAGAUCCCUCACAUCUCAUUUCAUUUCCAAAAACCACAAAACCAUAGCCAUGGGUGUCUCAUUUAACUUGCACAAAUUUGACCCUAAGCACUCCAAGGAGAUCCAAUUCCAAGGAGACGCAACCAUUACCGAUCACCAUAUCAUUCGACUCACCAAUCUGGACGACGAUGGCAACCCACUGGGAAACAGAGUUGGCCGAGUCUUAUUCUCCGACCCUGUGCACCUCUACGACCACAGUGGCCUCCGAGCAGGAUUUGAAACCACCUUCGUCUUUCGCAUCUCAAAACCCUAUAACACUGAAUAUACACCUGGACCUGGUGAUGGUCUUGCCUUCUUCCUUGCUAGUGCUGACACUGAAAUUCCUCCUGAAUCUUCUGGAAAGUUUCUCGGCCUCUUUAAUGAUGCAUCUGACAGAAUUGUUGCUGUUGAAUUCGAUACUUUUUCCAACUCCGAUAUUGGGGAUCCCAAUUAUCCGCACAUCGGAAUUGAUGUUAACUCUAUCAGGUCAUCAAAAGUUUGUUACUGGAAUUUUCAUGAUGCAGCGAUAACUACUGCAAAGAUAACAUAUAACUCUGCUCAUAAGAAGUUAACUGUCCAUGUCUCUACAUAUCUCCACAGCCAGCCCGACACUCUUACUUAUGAUGUCGAUUUGAGCACUAAGCUGCCUGAAAAGGUUAAGAUUGGAAUAUCUGCUUCCACUGGACAAUUCUCGCAGACUACUGAGAUUCUGUCUUGGAUCUUCAAAUACCCUAAGACCCUACUACCAAAGGCUGGAGGCUACAAAAACAGUUCUACUCUUUGGGUGUCGGCUCCAAGAACUCUUAGCUUCGUAUUAGCAGCACCGCACUGCAACUCUAGAUCUCUUGGAUAUAGAAACAAAUAG